AUGCUCGACGAAAAUCUGCCAACCUUCUUUUCGCGGCAGACGGCCGACAGCCCUCUCGCUUCUGUGCUAUACUUCACCCAGAACGGAUCCGAGCCGGCGCCCGAGUAUGCCUACAAGCGCCCGGACCCGACUCUGCCGCAGUCGAGGAACAAGUACGGUCUGGGACUGGCCGACGCCCACACGCAAGAUAUCAUCUACGGCGAGGUCCUGAUCGAGCCAGAGUGGCAGCAGCCUACGCUCUCUGCCGCCGAGAUUCGCGCCCAGAAUGGCGUCACGCCCGCUCCCGUUCCAAUGAUCCCGGACGGUUUCACGAUACAGCUCUACGACCCCGAUCAGCAGGUAGUAGUCAAGGGCGAAAAGAGCACAUGGACCGGCAAGGAGUCGUGGGAAUUUGAGAUGCCCCAGCAGAGCUUCAAGCUGCCGUCGGCGUCCAAGCUAGAUCAAGAUGCAGACCCGGCGGGCGCAAGCAGCCUCGCGCCCAAGAUCAUGUUCAAGUGGAAGAGGGAUAGCAAGUUCUCCAAGGACAUGACAUGCUACAUGACGGGACGAUCAAUGGGCAAACAAAAGAGCAAGGAUCCUGACAUCACGGUGGCCAUGUUCAAGCAGGGGCGAAAUGCCGGUCUCACCAUAUAUGAACCGAACCUGGCUAGGGUAGAUGUCGAGGACCGAAAGGGCCUGGAACUUGUCUUGCUGCUUGGUGCCGAGGUCAUUCGGGACAUAUACUUGUUUCCUAACCGUGACUCGUUCAAUGUCUCGGGCAUGCCCCCAACAAAGCGCAAGAACUCCCGUCCCAUCCCGGGCGCUACUCCCCCAAAGACAUCUUCACCAGCACCGGGAAGCAGUGCGUAUACAAUGACCGGUGGACUUGGGAAUCUACCUCCGGCAAAGACGUCUACGCCCGUGACACAGCAGCCAACGCCGCCCCCACUGGAUCGCAAAUCGACCGCCGCUGUGGACGCCGAGACAAAGCGGCUACAGGCCGAGGUGCAGAGGCAGGAGCGCGAGCGCGAAAAGCGGGACAAGGAGGAGCAGCAACGUAUCAAGAAGAUGCUUGAGGAGGAAGAGAGGCAGCAGCGCAGGCGCGAAGCCGAGAUUGAGAAGGAGACUGAAGCGUUAAGGAAACAGUUUGGCAUGCAAGGCCAGGACUAUGAAGCGAGCCGACCCAACCUACCUCCGCGCGCCGGUCCGUCACAACCACAGCAGCUCCAGCCGCCCGGUGCUCCCAACGGCACGGCGCCUCCGCCGAGGCCUGUCAGUGUUGGGCCGCCGCGCGGCUCUGGCUUCAGUAGCUGGUGGCAUGGCCCAGCAGUUGGGCCAAUGCUACCCCCGCAACAGUAUGGCACGCCUCAACCGGCCCAGGGUAGUUCGAGUGGAAGGAGGCGAAAUGGUAGUGAAGGCAACAACAACAAGAUUCACAAGAAGCGUAGUGUGUUCUUCUGA